AUGGGACUAAAGGAGAUUGCCAAAAAUCUUGUAGAAGAUUUGCUCAAAGUUCGCGAACCAGUAAAUCUGGAUGCCAUUUAUUUUUUGACACCAACUCAAAGUUCAGUCGCUGCACUUCUAAGCGAUUUUCCUUUGAAAGGAAAUACAAGGUAUAAAUCAGCUCACAUUAACUUCACUCAUGUGCAUUCUCUUGAAGAUUUUUCACAUGACCCUAAUCCUGAAAGCUCAUGCAAAAUUCCAUUAUAUUUAAAUUCAGUGACCAACAGUAAAUUUCUCAUUGCACUUGAAGUUGCAGUAACAUAUUUGGCCUACWCUUUACAACUCAGUAUUUCUCUAAAGAGCAAACAACAACAUCUUUCUAAGGAUCUAGUGUUUUCCUUGAACUGCCGCGAAACAUUUCAAUCGUGUUUUAAUUUCUUACUUGACAGUGCUCAAAUUCCUCAAUUGGAUUCUUUGGCAUUCGAGAUUGCCUCUGUUUGUUAUGUGUUGGAUGAAUAUCCAUCUAUUAAUUAUAAUAAAAGAAGUAAUAAUAAAAGUACAUUAGAAUUAGCACAAAUGGUACUGAAAGCACUGAAAAUAAUGAAAAUUGAUGCACCUUGCAUGGGUGAUAAUAAUGAAAAAAUCCGUUCGCAGUUAAUAAUAAUUGAUAGGUCAUUUGAUUGGAUCUCACUAAUUUUGCACGAGCUCACUUUCCAAGCAAUGGCUCAUGAUAAUUUUCUAAUAAAAAACAAUGUUUUUAUGUUUACUGAAAACGAUGCUCAAAAAGACGUAGUUUUUGACGAUGAAGAUGAGUUAUGGACGGAGCUCAAACAUCAACACAUUUAUAAUGUGGCAGAUAUUCUGAAAAAUAAAUUGAAGAAUUAUGUGGACUCUGGAAUCGUAUCAGCUAAUGAUGUUUCACGAAGUACAUCAGCUGGUGGUGUAUCUUAUGUUAUUAACAAACUUCCACAACAAAAAAAAACAUUGAAUAAUAUCACCAGAUAUAUGGGUGCACUUGAAAAAUGCAUGGAUUUCUAUGGAAAGCAUUUAGCGGACAUUUGUAUUUUCGAACAAGACCUAGUUAUGGGUAAAGAAGCCACUGGUGAUAAAAUCACUUACGAUGUUAAGAAGAGACUGACUUCUUUUUUAAUGGACAUAUCAGAAGAUAUUUUUAAAGAACUUGUUCAAAAUGCUCAACUUUCACCAGCUAAUAUACAAACUAUUAUCAAUUUGAAUAAACUUGGCGUUACCACUAUCAUAGAUGAAAAUAAUAAGAAACCGCCUAGUAAGACUAAACGUAAGGAUCGCGUCGAUGAAAAUACAUUCCAAGUUUCACGCUGGACGCCAAAGAUCAAAGAUAUAAUUGAACAUUGUAUAGAAAACAAAUUGGAUCCUGAAGAAUUUCCUUAUGCAUUUGUGAGAGAGCAUUCAACUAAAAAUAAUAAAGCGUCUAGGUAUAAUGCAACGUGGUACAAAGGAAAAGAUUCAAAACAACACAAUCCAAGAAUCAUACUUUUCAUAAAUGGUGGAGUUACCUAUUCAGAAAUUAGAAGUGUUUAUGAGGUAUCCAAAACCUUCAAAAACUGGGAUAUUGUAAUAGGUUCAUCCCAYAUAAUAACUCCAGAGGACUUCCUCCAAAACUUGUCUGAUUUAGGUGAACAUUAG